GAAAUAUACGAGAUAAGAAUGUCCAGUCUGGCAGGGAAGAGAUUCCUGGCUGCUCGGUCAAGAUCCUUGGCGCGUGCACCAGUGCCGAGCCGCACUGUAACGGCGGCCGCAGGUCGAUCUCCGAAUGUGAACACGAGGGACUUUCGUACAGCAGCAGUCCAUGCGGCUUCCAGAGAGACGUGGAUGCCCAUGCGGGUGAAGACGCCGUGGAUUGAAGCCUUGAGUCAGAGGCGUGACAGUGCACGCGCCUCUGAAGAGGGGACGCAGCCCGCACCAUCCGUCAAGCCGGACCUUACGCCUAAGAAGAUGUCGGACAGUUAUUACAGCGCGAUUCUUCCGUUGGCCCAGGACAAGUGGCUCCUGGACACAUAUCUCAAUGCUUCUGGACAUAUUCGGCUGGGCUCUCUUGUCAUGGAUCUCGACGCUCUGGCUGGUGUGAUUGCCUACAAGCACACCGGUGAAGGCGUCAGCACGGUCACUGCCGCCGUGGAUCGAAUCACGAUUGAGCAUCCUUUGAUGGAAAUUUGUGAUCUCGAGCUUAGUGGUCAGGUCACAUAUGCCACCGGUCGAUCUAGUAUGGAGGUCUCGGUGCAAGUCUGCAAAGCGCGGCCCGAGGGCCAGCCUGCCCAGCCGGAUGAUGUGUUGAUUACAUGCGCCUUCACGAUGGUUUCUCUUGAUCCAGCGACGAAAAAACCGGUGCCUGUGGCAGCGCUUACAGUCGAGACCGAUGAAGAGAUGGCCCUUUUCAAGAAGGGUGAGGCCAACUACCUUGCCAAAAAGUCUCUUCGCAAACGGAGUCUGCUUGAAAAGGCCCCUGAUGAGGAAGAGUCCAACUUGAUUCAUUCAAUGUGGGCCAAGGAGAUGUCGUAUAUCAACCCCCAAAACCCCGCAUCUCGUCCCGCCAACCAAAUCCCCAUGGCCGAUACCGUCCUCAAAUCCGCCAUGAUCAUGCAACCUCAAGACCGUAAUCGUCACAACUUCAUGAUCUUCGGCGGCUUCCUGCUCAAACAAACCUUCGAGCUCGCAUUCUGCUGCGCCGCCGCAUUCUCCCACACCCGCCCCAACUUCCUCGCCCUCGACCCAUCAACGUUUGAAAACCCCGUCCCCGUCGGAAGUGUCCUGUACCUUCGCGCCACCGUGGCGUACACCGAGCCCGAAGAGCGCGAGGGAGGAAAAGGCAAGUACACCAAGGUCCAGGUGCGCGUGGACUCCAAAGUGAGAGAUGUCGAGCACGGGACGAAAAAAUCCACGGGCAUGUUUAAUUAUACGUUUUUGGUGGAGAGGGAUAUCCAUGUCAUGCCCAAGACGUAUGGGGAGUUUAUGCUUUGGACGGAUGCGAGGCGUCGGGCGCAGAAUUCGGCGGCGAUUGUGCCGCAUAAGACGAGUACCUUGAGGAGUAUUCAGGAUAGUGUUACGGAGUGA